GUGCCAGACGAAACCAGUCUGGUCGACUUCUCCACUUUCAAUGAGGCCAUAACACGCCUAGCCAGUGACAUCAGGUUCUUUCAGCAAGUCAACCAUUGCAUCCGAACCGAACAGGGUUUCAAGUUUUCUGUGUCUGGCCCCUCAACAUAA